AUGGUUAAUCUCCCAUCUCCAAAAGUAACUGAGUCUGGUGGCGAUCAAGCUACAACAACUCGUGCGUCUUCGGAAUAUCAAGGGUUUGACCACAACGAAAUUAGACAGUUAGCUAAGAUCUUAACCAAUGAUAAUGACGACUCGACAAAGUCAAGUUUGAUCCGACAACUAUCGCAUAUGAGUAAUGUCCCUGGUAUAAACCCAUGCGACUCAAACAACCUCCCUCCUCAACUAAAUCCAAAUUGUGAUCAAUUUGAUUCUAAAUUGUGGAUAAAGAAUUUGAAAAAACUUUAUGAAUCAGAUCCAGAGUAUUGGCAGCAUUCAAAGUUGGGUGUUGUUUAUACAAAUUUGCGUGUAUAUGGGAUUGCAAAUGAUGUUGAUUACCAACCCACGGUCACAAAUCUUCUUUGGAAAUUAGGUGGUGAAGCCUUCAGAAAGUACUUUCGAAAAAAUGACAAGACUCAAUACUUUGAUAUAUUGAAACCAAUGGAUGCCAUUAUGAAACCCGGGGAACUUACUGUUGUUUUGGGUAGACCGGGUGCAGGUUGUUCCACAUUACUAAAAACCAUUGCUGUCAACACCUAUGGAUUUCAUGUCGCUAAAGAAUCAAAGAUUUCCUACGAUGGUUUAACUGCCCAUGAUAUAGAAAAACAUUUCCGAGGUGAGGUUAUUUAUUCAGCCGAGACAGAAGUCCAUAUACCUCAUAUGACGGUUGGUGAUACUUUAGAAUUUGCUUCCCGGUUGCGAACUCCACAAAAUCGAGGUGUGAAUAUAGAUAGAGAAACUUAUGCUAAACACAUGGCUGAUGCUUAUAUGGCGACAUAUGGAAUUUCCCACACGAGAAAUACUAAAGUCGGUAACGAUAUUGUGAGGGGGGUCUCUGGUGGAGAACGGAAACGUGUCUCCAUUGCCGAAGUUUCAUUAAGUGGUGCUAAAAUCCAGUGUUGGGAUAAUUCAACGAGAGGGUUAGAUUCGGCAACUGCAUUAGAAUUUAUACGAGCAUUGAGAACCUCUGCCAAAAUUUUAGACUGCACUCCGGUGGUGGCAAUCUACCAAUGCUCUCAAGACGCUUAUGAUUUAUUCGAUAACGUUAGUGUUUUGUAUAAGGGUUAUCAGAUUUAUUAUGGUAAAACCACAAUGGCUAAAGACUUUUUCGUUAGAAUGGGGUAUAAAUGUCAACCACGACAAACCACUGCUGAUUUUUUAACAUCAUUAACUAACCCAGCCGAAAGACAGACUCUACCAGAAUUUGAAGAUAAAGUACCUCGAACUCCACAAGAAUUUGAAAGUUAUUGGAAACAGUCGCCAGAAUAUGCUGAAUUGAUGAAGAAAAUUGAUGGAUAUUUUCUUGAUUGUGAAAACUUGAACACCAAAGAAAUUUUCCAUCAGGCACAUGUUGCCAAACAAUCGAAUCAUAUUCCUCCUUCCUCUCCGUAUCGAGUUUCCUUCUUCAUGCAAAUUAAGUAUUUAGUUGGAAGAGAUUUUAAGCAAUUAAAAGGUAAUCCAUCAUUGGCAAUUUUUAGGGUCUGUGCGCAAAUAAUAAUGGGGCUUAUUUUGUCAUCUGUAUUUUAUAAUUUGCCAUCUACAACAGAAUCAUUUUACUAUCGUGGAGCAGCAUUAUUUUAUUCUGUUUUAUUUAAUGCAUUUUCCUCGUUGUUGGAAGUCAUGACGAUGUACGAAACUCGACCAGUUGUUGAAAAGCAUCGGAAAUUUGCCUUGUAUUGCCCCUCUGCUGAUGCCUUGGCAAGUAUCAUAUCUGAAUUGCCCAUCAAAUUAGCGUCAUCAGUUUCAUUCAACCUUGUUUUCUAUUUUAUGGUCAAUUUGAGACGUGACCCAGGCCGGUUUUUCUUUUAUUGGUUGAUGAAUAUAUGGGCAACAUUGGUGAUGUCCCAUUUUUUCCGGACCAUUGGUGCUGUGACAACGUCAUUGGCAGGAGCAAUGACCCCUUCAACCAUCUUAUUGUUAGCCAUGGUUAUUUACACUGGAUUUGUCAUUCCUAAACCAAGUAUGUUGGGAUGGGCCAGGUGGAUUACUUAUAUUAACCCUGUUGGAUAUAUAUUUGAGUCGAUCAUGGUCAAUGAGUUUUAUGACCGUCAAUUUGAGUGUUCGCAGUAUAUUCCGUCUGGACUUGGAUAUGAGAACGUUGAUUCGAAGAAUAAAGUGUGCACGGCAGUAGGGUCAGUUCCAGGAGAACCAUUUGUUGACGGGACCAACUACUUGAAAUAUGCUUACGAAUAUUAUAAUUCCCAUAAAUGGAGAAACUUGGGUAUUGCUAUUGCGUUUGCUAUUGUAUUCUUGGGAGUUUAUAUAUGGUUAACUGAGUAUAAUAAGGGAGCAAUGCAAAAGGGUGAAAUUGUAUUGUUUCUCAAAAGUGGGUUGAAAAAACAUAAAAGACAGAGUCAAAAAGCUGGUGGUGCCACUACUGGCAGUAUUGAAGAUAUUGAAACAGGUCAAUUUAGCAAUGACAAAUUAGUUUAUCCAAGUGACAUAGAAGAAGAAGAAGAUGGAGAUAUUGCCACCGAUAAGAGACUCGAUCUUUCCGGUAAUAGGAACCAGCAAGAGAUUUUUUUUUGGAAAGAUUUGACGUAUCAAAUUAGAAUAAAAAAAGAGGAUCGAAUCAUUUUAGACCAUGUUGAUGGUUGGGUUGUUCCUGGACAAAUCACGGCAUUAAUGGGUGCUACUGGUGCCGGUAAAACAACUCUAUUGAAUUGCUUGUCGGGGAGACUUACUGUUGGUGUUGUGACGGAAGGAGCCAGAUUGGUUAACGGUCAUUCACUAGACUCGUCUUUUCCAAGGUCGAUUGGGUAUGUUCAGCAACAAGAUUUACAUUUACCGACUUCAACUGUAAGAGAAGCAUUCCGGUUCUCAGCAUAUUUGCGACAACCCAACUAUGUGUCCAAGCAAGAAAAAGACGAAUAUGUUGAAUACAUAAUUGAUUUAUUGGAUAUGAAAACCUAUGCUGAUGCAGUAGUUGGUGUUGCCGGUGAAGGAUUAAAUGUUGAGCAGAGGAAAAGAUUAACCAUUGGAGUAGAAUUGGUUGCCAAACCCAAACUAUUGUUGUUUUUGGAUGAACCAACAUCAGGGUUGGACUCGCAAACUGCUUGGUCAAUUUGUAAAUUGAUGAGAAAAUUGGCAGAUCAUGGACAAGCUAUAUUGUGUACAAUACAUCAACCGUCUGCUCUUAUUAUGGCUGAAUUUGACAGACUUUUAUUUUUGCAAAGAGGCGGUCAAACGGUGUAUUUUGGAGAGUUGGGACAGAACUGUCAAACCAUGAUUGAUUAUUUUGAAAGAAAUGGCGCUGACCCAUGUCCUAAGGAAGCCAAUCCUGCCGAAUGGAUGCUAGAAGUUGUUGGUGCUGCACCGGGGUCACAUGCUAAGCAAGAUUAUUUUGAAGUAUGGAGAAACUCUAGUGAGUAUAAAGCUGUUAAGGACGAGAUUAGUAGAAUGGAAACUGAAUUAUCAAAGUUGUCUCCAUUACUGCUGUCAUCUAACGGACGUGAUGAAAAAGAGUCCCGAUUAACAUAUGCAUGUCCUCUUUGGAAACAGUAUUUGUUGGUAACGUGGAGAACUAUAGUAGAAGAUUGGCGAACUCCAGGGUACAUUUAUUCCAAACUCUUUUUGGUGGUUUCGUCUUCAUUAUUCAAUGGGUUUUCGUUUUUCAAAGCCGACAAAACUAUCCAAGGGCUACAGAAUCAAAUGUUUGCAAUUUUCAUGUCAUUUAUUCCAUUCAAUACUUUAAUGCAACAAAUGUUACCAUAUUAUGUGAAGCAACGUGAUUUAUUCGAGGUUAGAGAAUCGCCUGCCAGGACUUUUAGUUGGUUUGCGUUCAUUGCUGCACAAAUAACAUCGGAAAUCCCUUUCCAAAUUGUUCUUGGUACAAUUGCAUAUUUUUGCUGGUAUUAUCCUGUUGGGUUAUACAUGAAUGCUGAACCGACAAACCAAGUAGUUAGUCGUGGAGUAUUAACUUGGUUAUUACAGGUCUCGUUUUAUGUUUAUGUUUCGACCAUGGGACAUUUAUGUAAUUCAUUUCUUGAACUACCUGAUGCUGCUGCAAAUUUAGCAAAUUUAUUGUUUUCAUUAUGUUUGAUGUUUUGUGGGGUCUUAGCUGGUCCUAAUCAGCUCCCACGAUUCUGGAUAUUUAUGUAUCGAUGCAAUCCAUUUACUUAUUUGAUUCAAGCGAUAUUAUCUACAGGGUUGGCCAAUACCAGAGUUGUAUGUGCUGAGCAUGAAUAUGUGGUUAUUGAACCUCCCGCAGGUCAAACUUGUCAAGAAUACAUGCUGGCAUUCAUAACGAUAUAUGGAGGUUAUCUAUUACUGGCGAAUGAUACAAAGCCAGGUGUUUCCUGUAGCUAUUGUACAAUGGAUGAAACCAAUACGUUCUUGAAAUCGGUCAAUGCAUUAUUUAGUGAACGAUGGAGAAACUACGGUAUUUUCAAUGCAUUUAUUGUUAUUAAUGUUGUUCUUGCGAUUUUCCUUUAUUGGCUAGCUCGAGUUCCCAAAGGUAAUAGAGAAAGUAGAAUUAAACAUAAAAAGAAAGAAUAA